AUGGAAGAACUGGAAUCGCGAUGCAGGAAUCUCUCUUUUUUUUGUUGUGAUCAGAAGGCUGAUUCUUUCCCUGUGUGCCAGAAGUGUGAAAUGUGUAUCUUGGCUUGGAAGGUCUUCUCUACCAAGGAGUGGUUCCAACGAAUCAGUGAGAUUUCGCAAAGGAGGUUUCUAGUCAGCAUCCUGGUGCAGUUAGAUAGCAUGUAUUUGUUAAACUACUUUCAAAGUAUCCUUCAGACCACUCAGGGGAAGGAUACCAUCUACAACAGGACCCGGAUCAGCCUCAGAACGGAGGGGAAACUUGUGAAGUCUUCCUUGAGUCAGGUGUUGGAUAAAGCAAUAGAAGAGAAGAUGAAGGAGAUUUUAUACUGGUUUAGGAAGAGCACCCAGCAGACGAAAGCAAAUUAUACCCUCCUGCUGCUGCAGAUGUGUGAGCCCAAGUUACUACUCACUGCUGCCAAUGUCAUCAGAGACCUGUUUAUGAAAGAGCAGAACUCAGGUGCUGAAAUAGCUGGUCUGGACCUCUACUUCUUAGUGCAGGUGCGGUUCUUCAUUGAGAUCAAGGAAGAUUCCAACAAUUUAUUUUUCUUUUCUGAGAAAAACUCCCAGUCUGAUAUUGCAUCUGGGAUAGAUGAAACCAACUAUACAUCCGUCCCCAUGUCUAACACUUCAGAAACAGAAAAAUUGCUUGAAAAUGUUGGGGGAGAGUCAUUUACAACUGGUCUACCAAAGGAUUUACUGCAGUGUAUUUCCAAGAUGAAUAGACUGUUUUCUGUAAAAGCAAGCAAGUCAUUUUAUGCUCACUCAGAUCUUCUGAUUACCUUAGAGGCUAUUGGUGACUUAACCUCUGGGAGAAGCAAAUACUGUGACUUCAUUCACUACUUGCCUGUCCACCUCUCCAAGUAUAUUCUAGGUAUGGUGGGAUCUGUUGGAAGAUUUCUUAAGAGAACUCCCAUCUUGACUCAGUUAAGAGACUCUUAGAUCCAUCUUUAUUCUUUUUCAGGUAUGCUAAGUAAAAGCACCCUGAACAGAUGUGCUUGUGUGAGCAAGCACUGGGCUGUACUGACACAGCAGGUCAGGAUGGAGCUGUCAAUGCAUACGUUCCUUCAGAAUAAGAUUUCAUACUUGCAGGGCUCCUACACGAAGGGAGUAGAUCCAACCUAUGCCAACAAGCUUUUUAUCCCAGUUCCUAAAAUGGUAGAGGAUGCGAAAUACAUACGUGUGAAAAAUCAAAAAUGGAAACUGAGGACAAAGAAUGACUACAACUUGUGGACUGCAUACCAGAACCAGGAAACUGAGCAAAUCCAGAUGGAGGAGAGAAAUGUCUUCUGUAGUACUUACAAUGUCCGCAUUUUAUCUGAUAUGUGGAACCCAAACAGAAUCAUUCAUUAUUCUGGGGGAGAUUUCGUAGCUGUCACAUCCAAUCGGAAGGUCUACCUUUUGAAUAUCAUAAAAAUAAAGAAAAUACACACUGAGUUCAAAGGCCACGCAGGGAGUAUCCGCACUAUCGUCUUGUGCGAGAGGGAAAACUUUCUCCUGAGCGGGAGUUAUGACCUGAGUAUCAGAUAUUGGGAUCUGAAAACUGGGGUUUGCAUUCGAGUCUUCAGUGGCCACCAGGGCACAAUCACUUGCAUGGAUAUAUGUAAAAACAUGUUGGUAUCUGGGGCAAGAGAUUGCCAGAUAAAAGAAUGGGACCUAGAGACAGGGAAGUGCCUCAAGACCUUGAAACAAAAAGAUCCCAUUUUGGCAAUUAGGAUCAAUGACACCUACAUUGUGAGCGGUUGUGAGCGAGGAAUAGUGAAAGUGUGGAACAUCAUCACAGCACAACUGAUAAAGUCUCUCUUUGGUCAUGAAGGAGCUGUGAAAUGUCUGCACUUUGACCAGUGGCAUCUACUUUCAGGAAGUUCUGAUGGUCUGGUCAUGGCCUGGAGCAUGGUAGGAAAAUAUGAGCGAUGCCUAAUGGCCUUCAAGCAUCCAAAGGAGGUCCUCCAUGUGGUUCUUCUCUUUCUUCGAGUCAUCAGUGCCUGUGCAGAUGGCAAGAUUCGUAUUUACAAUUUCCUAAAUGGGAACUGUCUGAAGGUGAUAAAAGUUAAUGGCAGAGGUGAUCCUGUGCUGUCCUUCUUUAUUCAGGGAAACAGGAUGGUGAUCAACACAGAGAGCAAUGUUCUCUUAUUCCAGUUUGAGAAUAUAAAGUGGCAGUACUCUACAGACCGGGUCAAACAGAAGAAGGAUAGAGAGGAGGACAAGGAAGAAAAUGGCCUCUCAGAGAUUCCCUCCAAAUCCAGCACUCAGGGCAACAGCAUGAAAGACUCCAUGUCUAGUAAAUAUAUUUUGGCACCAGAGUUAUUCUCGAGUAAACCUCACAAGACCCGAAUUGUCCAGAUUACUUCCGGGAUACAGGCAGAUGAUGGGGAGAAAGAACAAAACCAAGAACAACUAGAAAUACCAACGAAAAAGUCCUGGAAAAUCCCUAUGACUCCUGACCGCUUCCUCCUGACCAUUAAUGCCCUGCAGAAAGCCCGUAAUGCAGGGACAUCUGCCUAUCCCCAUCAUUCCCACAGCCAACCCACUGGUGCCUCGGGACCUUCAAUUUCAUACUCAAGAAAGGUUCUGAGCUUCAAAGGAAAAUCAGUACAACCUGAAGUUGAUCGAUUAAGAAGUAGUUACCUUCCCACACAUGUGAAACAAACAAAUAUGCCUCUUGAAAUCCAGAAACUGAAGCCAAAUUUGAAGAAAUCUUUGCACAGUCCCCAAAUCCAGUCCAGCAUACCCCAGCCCAUGAUUAUUCACUCUACAUUCGCUGGUGACUUAAAGGGUAAAGAUCAGACAAUAAGCUCAACUGAUAGGACAGGAGGCAGCUAUAGGCCCUUAACUAGUAUGCAGGUCAUUAAACCAAGUCGGAUGCUGGUUCCACCAGGUAGCACAGUGACCCUGUCUCUCAAGAAAGAAAAGCCUCACUUCUACCCACCCCUUGAUCCAUUUAGAAUGAACACCGAGUUCAUGUUGCUUACUGUGAAGGAGGAGAAUGAGUACAGGGAAGCCAAACUGAAGGAAUAUCAGGCAACAAAGACCACUGGAAAAAUCAGUCCAGAAAAAGCCAGCAGAACGGCAUGGCUUAGGAAGAUCAAAGGCCUGCCAAUAGAUGCUUUCAUGAAGCAAGGGAAAAUAGCAGCCCCUGAACUUGGACAAAACAUUUUUAUCUGA